AUGGGUUCUGAACUAGUCGGGGGCAUUGGGCUGGUGGGCUCCAUCCUUGGAAUCUGGCAGUUUGCCGCGGACAACAUACCAGACGUUGUCAAGUCUAAAUCUACUUAUCGGAUCCAGGUUGGUCUCGAUGACACCAAAGGCAGCGGAGACAAGAAGCUUUCGAACGCCGGCGGCAAUCUUGUGAUGAUCAAGACCUACAACAACAAUGGUGAACUCAUUGGGUCCGGUGGCGGCGGAAAGGUCAAAGACGGCGGUUAUGCCGAUUUCAGCGCUGAGCAGACAGGGACGCAACAGUCCAUCACGACCGAAUUCUAUGCUGGGGACGACGCCAUAUGCAUCGCCUACAUUAGCGCCACCAUGGAUGAAGGAAGCAAGUGGGGUUGGGUUGGGGACUGGGGUUAUACAUGUGGCCUCAACUGGUUCCCAAGUGGCUACAGACUGCAAAAUGAAGGUGGCGAUGAUGAUAAGGUUAUAUCCCCUCGAUGCACUUGGAUUGACAAGGACCACACACACGACUUCAAAGCAAGCAUUAUUGGCAUUACAUGGCCUGACUUUUACCACAAGUCUGGUGACGACAUUCCCAAGGGCAACGGCAAAAGCUCCUGCGGCAAAGGCUUCCGGGCCUGGGCCAACGAGGGAGACAAGCAGAUGCUGCCAGCCAAGAAGAAGAAGCGCGGCCCCAGGCUGUCCCAGCGCUCAGACGAUCGCCUCGUGAUCAGUUCCGGCUUAUCACACAACGCGACGGAGGUUUGCGAGUCUGAGACCAGCUGGGGCCCCGACUUUGUCUCCAAGGAGGAAGGCAUGCACUGCAACAUGGAAACCCAUGAGGUCACCCCCUUGUGCGGCAAUGGCGUCACCGAAGACUGCUUUGAUACCGACGGGAAUGGGGGGCCAGCAAUGGUACACCGCAACGGGAAACGAAGUCUCACCAAUCCAUCAAAGGUUAUUCGGUGGGAAUAG